GCAGAGGCGUAAAAGGCUGCGGUCUCGCAAAAGCGAGAGAACUUCUUGGACGCUCAUCAUUCGCCCGUCUCUCUCUCUUUCCCUUCUCUUUCUCUCUCUCCCGCUCUCGAAACUAGGGUUUCAUCUUGUCCGCUGCUUUAGAUCCCGUUUUCCCCUCUCUCUAGGGUUCCAAUCCUCCCCGAUUUAGGGUUUCCAGCCCACGAAACCCCCGAUUAGGGUUUUAAAUAACCUUCCUUGCUCCAAUUCCCGAUCUUGGCAGGCCCUGAGAGAAGAGAUUGCUUCCCUUUACCCGUUCGGAAGGUUAGGGUUUAAUAUUUGUGGUUCUUGGCUUCCGUUUCGGGGUAGCUAGGGUUUCUGGCUCUGAAUUCGGGGACAGAGUCCCGCUCUAGGGUUUUGGAUUCGGGUUUGUUGAUGAAGGAGUCGGGGUACUGAUGUUCACGCCGCAGAAAAAAGGGUGGGCCGGGUGGUCGCUCUCGCCGAGGGUCGGGGAUGGGCCGGACGGCGGGUCGGCGCCGGUGAACGCCAGGAGUGCCGGUGGGUUGUCUCUUGGGAAAGGGAAGGGGAAGGGGAAGAGCGUGGUGGAGGCGCUUCCACCGCCGCCGCAGGCUUCGCUGGGAGAGAAUGGCAAUGAUGCAGCGGGAGGUGCUGGAGAUGUGGAGGUGUGGCGGAGGUUCAGGGAGGCGGGGUUGCUGGACGAGUCCGUGCUACAGAAGAAGGAGAAGGAGGCUCUUGUCCAGAGGAUAUCGGAGCUCGAGACAGAGCUUCAUGAAUAUCAAUAUAAUAUGGGGCUUCUGCUUAUUGAGAAAAAGGAAUGGACUUGUAAAUAUGAAGAAAUCAGGCAAGGCCUUGCAGAAGCAGAGGAGAUCCUAAAACGGGAACAGGCUGCACACACAAUUGCCGUAUCAGAAUAUGAAAAGCAGAAGGAAAAUCUGCAGAAGGCUCUGGGAGUUGAGAAGCAGUGUGUUGCAGAUCUUGAGAAGGCUUUGCGUGAGAUGCGUGGUGAAAUUGCAGAAGCUAAAUAUACAUCGGAUAAGAAGUUGGCUGAAGCUCAUGCCCUGGAAGCCAAUCUUGAAGAAAAAUAUUUGGAGAUUGAAGGAAAGCUGCAUUCUGCAGAUGCGAAGCUUGCAGAGGCAAGUCGAAAGAGUUCAGAGGUGGAUAGAAAAUUAGAUGAUGUGGAGGCUCGUGAGCGUAAACUUCAGAAAGAAUAUCUGUCUUUAAAUACUGAGAGAAAAACAUAUAAGAAGGAUCUUGAUGAACAAAGAGAACACUUGAGAGAGUGGGAAAAGAAUCUGCAGGAGAGUCAAAAGAGGCUUCUUGAGGGGCAGCGUUCAAUCAAUGAUAGAGAGGAAAGAGCAAAUGAAACUGAUAGACUUCUUAAAAAGAAAGAAGAAGAGCUUGAAGAGGCACGAAAAAUGAUUGAGGUUACUAAGAAUUCACUGAAAGAGAAAGAGGAUGACAUUAGUAAUAGACAAAAAGCUUUAAUUUCUAAAGAGAAGGAAUCUAGUAUCAAGAUUGAGAAUGUGGAGAAGAAGGAAAAAGAGUUACUUGCAAUAGAAGAAAAGCUGAAUGCCAGAGAAAAAGUGGAGAUGCAAAAGCUCCUUGAUGAUCACACAGAGGCUUUAAAUUCCAAGAAACAGGAGUUUGAGUUGGACUUGGAGCGGAGGAGAAAGUUUUUCGAUGAAGAGAUAAAAGGCAAACUGGAUGCAGUGGACAAGAAGAAAAUUGAAAUUGACCGAAAAGAGGAACAAGUUACUAAAAGAGAACGAGAGGUGGAGAACAAAAUGCAGAGCUUGAAGCAGAAGGAGAAAGACUUUGACACAAAGUCAAAGGCUUUGAAGAAGUGGGAGGAAUCUAUUAAAAUUGAUCAGAAGAAGUUGGAGGAAGAAAAGCAGCAGCUAGACAGAGAGCUGCAGGAUCUGUGUAAGUCUAGAAAUGAACUUGAGAAUUUGAAGGCUACAGUAGAAGAAGCAAAGCAGCAGAUGAUCAAGGAGGAGGAAAAACUUGAACUUACCAAAGAAGAGAGGGAACAGCAUCUCCUGUUGCAAACAAAGCUGAAGCAAGAGAUUGAGGAUUGCAGAAUAAUAAAAGAGUCGCUUCUUAAGGAAAGAGAGGAUUUGAGAGAAUUGAGGGAGAAUUUUGAGAAAGAGUGGGAUGUAUUGGAUGAGAAGAAAGUCGAGUUGGAAGCAGAGGUAAAGAAGGUCAAUGAUGAAAGGGAAAGGUUUGAAAAAUGGCGAUUCAGUGAGGAGGAAAGGUUGAAUAAUGAGGUACUGGAAGCAAAAGCUGGUAUUCAGAGGGAGUUGGAAGAACUUAGACUGAAGAAAGAAACUUUUGACAGCACAAUGGAGCUUGAAAAGUCAAAUGCUUCUGAGGAGCUCAAGAGAGGUCAUGCUGAUAUUGCUCGGGAGCUUGAGCUCCGUAAGCAUGAGCUUGAGAUGGAUAUGCAGAAAAAGCAUGAGGAUAUGGAGAAGCAGCUGCAGGAGAAAGAGAAUCAGUUUAAUAGGUGGAGAGAUAGAGAACUAAACCAAAUUAAUUCUUUAAAAAAUCUAAAUGAGUCUAAAAUUCAGAAGUUGAAGGUGGAACAAGAUCAACUAGAGAGGGAAAAAGAAGAGUUCUCUGAACACAGAAAAAAGCUGGAAUCUGACCAACUUGAGAUUCAAAAUGACAUUGAAACUCUGCGAAUGCUUAGCAGGAAUCUGAAGGACCAAAGAGAACAAUUCACCAAGGAAAAAGAACGCUUCCUUGCUUUUGCUGAGCAGUAUAAAGUUUGCAAAAACUGUGGGGUUACAAUGAGUGAUUUAGAGCUGCUCCAAUUGGGGAGUGAUGAUGCAGGAGAUGUUCAGUUGCCGUCUUUGGCUUUGGAAGAGCAUCUAAAAGGUAAGAAUGCUGAAAUAUCUCCUACGGGUACAGGCCUUCGUUCUGUCAUUUCAGGUGGUCGUAUGUCAUGGCUGCAAAAGUGUUCGAGACUGUUUAACUUCUCUCCAGGAAAGAAAGAAGAAAAACUGUCUGAAUGCCAGGCAGAGAAGUCUCUGUCAUUUGGUGCAAGACUUGAUGGAGAAGCUUCAGAAGGUGAAGCAAAUUAUGAACCUGGACCAUCCUAUGUAGUUGGUAAUGAUACUAUUGAUGCCCAGAGAGUGCAAUCAGAUAGUGGAGUCAGGGAAAAUGAAGAAUCUGAAAGAUUGGUUGAAGCUGGUGAUGGUCCAGAGCCAUCUUUUGGAAUAGCAGAUAAUUCCACUGAUAUCCAGGUGGAAAGUGAGCAGAUCAUUCCCCCUAUUGAUGAACGGAAUGAAAGGGAAGAAUCUUCUUUGCCUCCUGAAAAUGAGUUCCAGCCUGAACCAUUAAAACAGAGACGGCGCCUUCCUAACAGGAAAGGUAGGCCUAAAGCUACCAGAAGAACGCGCUCUGUUAAAGCAGUUGUUGAAGAUGCCAAAGCUAUCCUUGGGGAAACCUCUGAAGAAAAGAAUGAUGGACCACCAAAUGGUGUAACAAGGGAUUCUCUAAAUAUCCAAGAGGAAAGCCAAGGAGAUUCUGUUCAUGCUGAUGCUGUGGCAACAAGUUCCCGACAGAAGAGGCGUCUUGCUCAGACAUCUGGGAUGACAGCUGGGGAGCUGGAAGCAGAUGACAGUGAAACGCGUUCAGAGAGCAUUUCACUUGGUGGGCGUAGAAAGAGGCGUCAAAUCUCAGCUCCUGGAACACAGGCUCCUGGAGAGAAACGCUACAAUUUCAGGCGCUCUACAAUUGCGGGCACUGUUGCAGCAGCCCAAACAAUGCCCGAUCAGACUAAAGAACAUAAGACAGGAAGCCAUCAACAGUCAACUGAAAAUGAGGUUUUGAAGGGUGGCAGUGAUGGAGAAGGAACUUCUAAACGGGUGCCUGCUGCUGAACCUUCAUCUGGUAUUGUUGGUGAGAACAAGAAAACUUCACAUAUGCUGCAGAGAACAACAGUGGGAAGUGCAGAGGAAGUUCAUGAGAACUCUCAGAAGCUUGCCCUGGUGGAGGAAACCCAUGCUAAUGAGAGUGACUGCGACAUUAUUGUGAAGUCAAUGGACUGCAGCGAGCAAAGUGGGGAGGAUGGAAUUGUGGUAGAUGGUGCAGCAGGAGCAAGUGAACCAGCUACUCCUGAUGGUGGAUGUGGGAGUGAAGAUGAUUACGAUGAGGAUGAAGAGGACUCAGAGAAGCAUGAUGCAUCGAUAGGGAAGAAGCUGUGGACUUUCUUCACAACAUGACAAGGUCCUGAGUAUAUGGGGAACAGUUUUCUUUUCGACUCAAGAUUCUUAAGCUCUUGAAGGCUCGCUAUUAAGAUGCCAUCCUUGUAUUUCGCUGUGCGAACUGUUAUUUUUAUGUUUGAGGGAUUGGUGUUAGUCAUUGAGUUUGAUGUAUUAUUAGUACUCACUGCUUUCUUUUAUGUCUCUUGUAGUAAAAUUAGCUGAUGCUUUAUAGCAACUGACGCUAGUGUAUCAAUGACAGUGCAACAAAUUCAUGACUCCGGGUUCUGGAUACUCUGUUGUGG